CUAUUUGAAGAACAGCAAUACACUUGCACGAAGGCCACCAGGUAGAUACGCAGACAUUCUCUGAGGUAGGUAAUUGUCACAUCUUUUCAACUCCAUGUCACAUUUGCCAGAUAUUUGCAUCAUGAAGGUAUGACUAUAAUUUAGCAAUACCGGUAUUUCUUAUGGGACUCAAACAUUCUUUUUGUUUUACAAUUACAUUCGUACCCAUAAGAAAAUAUAAAAGCAAAGUUCAGAACUUGCAUUAACAUUGUGAAGGUACUGUUUUUCUCCUUACAACCCCGUCUUUUGGUUUUCCAGAAUAAUACGAUGCAUUUCUUUUGAAAUUGUUUGAUUUAAAGUCAUUGCACUUGCAUAUUGACAGUGGAGUUUUUUCCGUACUGUAUUAAUGACAAUAUCAUUGUAUUGUCAUUGGUAGGUUCAAUCAACGCUUCACCAAGUGUUACGUAUCCUCAGUUCGAAAAGAUGACAAAAGAAAGCGACAGACAAAGUAUGCUGAGAUAACCACAACAUGCUCUACAAGUACCACAAUGACCUUCAAAUGUGAGUACUUACGUGAUUAGAAUGAUAUAAAUAAAUUGAUUGUAGAUAUCAGUUAAAUAUUAUCAUAACCUCUGGGAUUUCACAUAUGCAUAGUUUUCAGAAACAACAUUGAAACUGAUCAGGUUGUUCCUGGUUAUUACUAGCUUUAAAGCUACUUUUUUUUAGAUAAUAUAGUUCACUUGAAUUAGCGGUAGUAGUCACUUUUAUUUGUCUCCAUAGGUUAAACAAGUGUACAGAAACAAACAAUCCAUUAAUUAAGAAUUCAUUAAUAAGAAAUGCGUAUAUGGCUUUUCUAGUGUGAAAGACAAUGUUAUAUUCUUAGGAAGAAAAGACAAGUAUUAUCAUCAUAGAGCAAAAGCAAGGGAUUCCAUUGGAGCGAAAAGACAUGCUUCUGUUAUUCUUUAUGGAAUGGACCAAAGUAAACUGCUACUUCCUGUAUGAUGAGUACCACCAAAUCACUCAGUGGUGCUUGGAAGUUACGCAUACAUCUUACUGGCGUUCAGAACCAUGGAAAAGAAUGCUUGGCAUUUGUGGAUGUCUUCCAAUGGCCGCACAAUGCUACUUACCCUAUGAAUGGGGUGUUGAGAACAGGAAGACCAACGCACUACAUUCCCGACAAGUUAAAUCUGCAAAUGGACAACUGCUGGAGAGGCAACAAAAACCAGUUAUUGUGUUUCUUGCUCUACUCGUCAAGCAUAAAGUGUCUAGGAAGGUAUUAAAACAAGAAGUCUGUCGUUAUAUUUAUGCAAAAGUUUAUUUUGACUCUUCAUCCUUUUUGCCUGACGAUCUGUUUUCAAAGAAAGUCUCUAGUAGAUCUGCAGUCAAUCAAAUGGUUAUUCCAAGGCCCAGGUCCGAACUACGUAGACACUCCUUAUGGUACAGAAGACCUGUUGUAUAAAACUUUUUAAACAAAACUAGUAAUGUUCCUGACAAUGUAAACAGGUUUAAAAUCUCUGUGAAAAAAUCAAAGCUGACUUGGAGGCCUUUUCUUUCAAGAAAGAAGCAUCAGUAAUUGCAAUGAAAUCAAAGGAUUUUAACUGUUUUUAAUAUAAAUUUAGCUCUAUUUUAAAAUUAAUUAAUGAAAUAAUUGAAUAAUAUUGUUAAGUUCAUCUUAAUUUAAUUUUGUAAAUAGUUUUUACUUCCUCUCUGAAUGCUAUCUUUAUUUAUUUUUCUUAAUUACUUGGACUUUAGUCGGUCCACAUCAGCCUCUGCCAGCCCCUUGUACUCAAAUAAAGUAUGUAUGUAUGUUUGUAUGUAUGUGAUUUCUAAAGUUAAGUGUAUGUUGAGAAAGCAACUUCCUGGCUGAGCAGGAAAAUCAACCAGAUCCUUCAACCAGUAUUUACGAGCCAAAAAAUGGUGAUCUUAUAUCUGUAUCAUAGUAUCCAGAAUUGAGCAAGAUAAAUAUAUCAUCUAUCUAUCUUUAGUAUAUAUACACUGAGUGAUCUUGGUGUUUUAGGCAAUCUGAUUGGUUCGCUAUCUCGGGCUAUUCAACAAUAUUCACCUCCGAGCGAGUGGAUAAUGCAUAAUUCGUGAUCUUCAAACCAAAAGCAAAAUGGCGGGCCUAAACUCGCGCUUCGCUCAAUUUUCAGAAGCAGAAAUUUUACAAAUACAAGACGAGGCUGUGCCUGAGAAUACAAAAAAGGCAACUAAGUAUGGACUGAAAGUUUUUAAAGGUAAGAGAAGACUCCAAAGUGUUAAAAAGUGUUUCGGGUUUUAUUUUGCUGACAACUGCCAAUAAGUUUGAGUGACAUUCAUAACUCUUCACAUCAAAAAUUUGUUACAAUAUGAGUAAAUUCUUGGUGGAUUGAUUUUCCCAGCAAGAACAAUUUACCACAGAUAUAGAAGAGAUGAACAACGAGGAGUUAAAUAAAUGCUUGCAGAAAUUUUAUAUGUCUGCCAGAAAACAGGACGGAGGUUACUACAGUAAGGCAGCGCUUACCUCGAUCAGAGCCGCAAUUGAUCGGCACUUGCGCAACGAGCCACACAACAAGCCAUUUUCUAUAAUCAUUGACAGCCAGUUCACGGAAGCGAGCAAAGCUCUAAAUUCGUUUCUGAAAACUCUGAGCAAGUCAGGUCAAAUUUGUUCUACAGUCCAAAAACCCGCACUAACAACCGAAGCAGUUUCAAAGCUCUACGAAGCUGGCAAGCUAGUAGAUGCAAGAUGUCUCGAUCCACAAAAGCUGCAGCAAACAACG